ACCGCUUCAAACCAUUGCCCUCAAAGCCCUCUGGACACGUGUAAAGGGUAUUUUGUGUGAAUAGGCCAAUCCCCUCUCUGGGCCCUCAAUUGGCUGGAUUGAAAAGCGUGGGGCGCGUUAUCGAGGUUCGAUCCCGCGCCGAGGGAGGUUUGGGCGGGAAGUGCGGACGGUCACGCGCGCCCCAGAGGCAAAGAGGAAUGGAGGACGAGGAAGAAUGGCCCUCUUUAGAAAACGGGCGACGCAACGGCAUGGCCCCCCGGAGGGAGCCCGGCGGCGGAGGGGAAAGAGUAAGGGACCCCGCCGACGCCGCCGUGUCUCAUCUCCAAAGGAGUCAAUGGAUGCACGACAUCACAGGUGACGGUGGAGUGUUGAAGGAGGUCGUCCAUGCUGGCUGCGGUGAAACAGUUCCUCCUGAUGCAUCUGUAUUAAUGAAGUUUUCAGGGUAUUUAGAAUACAUGGACAGACCUUUUGACACAAACUGCUUCAGGAAGAAUCCUAAACUCAUGAAACUUGGCGAAGACAUUACACUCCGGGGUAUGGAAGUUGGACUUCUGACAAUGAAGAAAGGAGAGCUGGCGCGAUACCUGUUCAAGCCAGAUUAUGCUUUUGGAGUGAUGGGCUGCCCUCCCUUGAUCCCUCCCAAUGCCACAGUGAUGUUUGAAGUGGAGCUUUUGGGCUUCCUGGACUCUGCUGAAACUGACCAGUUUUUUGACCUAACUCCUGAGCAACAGGGCAGACUUCCACUCCAGAAAGUGUUGAAGGUUGCAGAAACAGAACGAGAGUUUGGAAAUUACCUCUUCCGUGAGAGACAUUUUAUGGAUGCUAAGGAAAGAUAUAAGCGGGCUUCUUCAAUUUUAAAUCAUGUGACUGCCAAAGAGGAUGAACAAGUGAAAGUUGAUUCUGCCAAGCUUCUUGUCUUCCUGAAUUUGUCAUUCACUUACUUAAAACUGAACCGCCCAUCCCGAGCACUCACCUAUGGAGAGAAGGCUUUAGAGCUAGAUGAGAAGAAUGCCAAAGCUCUCUUCAGGUGUGGUCAGGCAUGCCUCUCUCUGGCAGAAUAUGAGAAAGCUCGGGAUUUUCUGGUCAGAGCACAGAAAGAGCAGCCCUUCAAUCCAGAUAUUAACAGUGAGUUGAAGAAGCUGGCCAGCUAUUACAGAGAUUACAUGCUGAAGGAGAAGGAAAUGUGCUCCAGGAUGUUUGCCUCACUCAAUUCUCUACCAUCAGGAGCAGACUUGGAGUGGUGAAGAACAGAGAACCGGCUGUUGAAGAGAAGUCACACCAUAAACUGUUUCUCCUAUGCUCUCCAGGAGACUGGAGGAUUGGGCCCAACGAUCUCAUGACUCUUUAUUACUCAGAGGGCAAGUGAGAAGCUAACUCCUCCUUGGCACAACUUUUUGCUGGCUCCCUGCAGAUGGCUCUGCCCAGCUUUUCCUACUGCAUCACCCAAUGAGACAUGGUAACCAAGUUUAGAGGAUUGCAGAAGGAAAGGAAGGAUAAGCAGUUUAUCACUUUCCUCCUCUUCUCUGUUGAACAAAGAAACAGCUGAAGGGUAGUGUUACCUUGUGUUCACCUUUCCUGUCUACAUGGAAGGAAAAAAGCAGUGCUUGCUCAUUGUGUUCAUUCUUUGUAGGCCUGCAGCAAGUUUCGGUCCAUGGCGUUGCUUAUUGAGAGCAAGCAGCCUUAUGUGCCUCACCUCUCAGGACUGUGGACCAUGCUGGGUAACUCAUAGAAAAAACAGCCAGCAGAACCACCUGUUGGCUCAUCUGAAUUUUUGCCUUGGCCAGCAGUGAGGAGAGAGGAUUCUGUGUGUCCAGUAAACUAAAUUGUUUCUCCGAGUACCACCCUAAGAGAAAGGAUGAGGAAGAGGGAGCAGAACCGACUCCCUGCAACAACAGCUGCAGCCACUAUAAUAGUCCAACUUUCUCUUGACAGCAAGAGUUGGGCACAUGUUGGUUGCUGAUUGUCUACAACUGCCCUGCUGUCUAUCCCUCUGCAAGACUCUGCCUCUUCAUCUUGUCCCUUUGGGAAGUGCAGCAGAGAGGGGACUGAUCAGUUAGCCAUCAGUUUGUGCUGACUGAACAAAAUGAAGCGAGCACUGGGUCACUUGCCCCUUUGCAAGGGACAGAGGGAGAAAUGUGGAUUAGCUACUGCUUUGCCUGAUUGUUUGUCCUCUCAUUGUUGAGGAUUGGGCUUCUCAGUCUUGAUCCUCACUGUACUCAUAGGGAGAGUCCACUGUUCUUUCAGUGACCCAGCCAUCAAUGUUGCAUUGCCCAGCAAAACAUGUUUUCCAGCCAUUCUAGUGGGACCAGUCUUUGGUCUGGUAUCCAGAGGUGAGCAAAGAGAUGGCAAAAAGGAACAGCUGAAAUCAUCUCACACAUGCACUUCCUUCCCUACCAAAAUGGCAAAGUUCUGAGGAGGAAGAAGAGGAAGGAGCUGUGAGAAGAGUGGGUUUUCUGGUUGCACCCAGCCUUCCUCCCCCCCCCCCGGUUCCCCCCCCCCUUCUUCCAGAUUUCAUGUAAUGAGCAAGGGAAGGGAAGAAAAAUUACAGCUUGAUUGCCUCUCUUCAUCCACUUCACAUUUCCUCAAAGUAAAGUGACAGUAUUUAGCAACACUCAUAUUCUUAAAAGUUAUGUAAUUAUGUCUGUUGUUGUAACACUGUAAGGUAAGGGCAUGGGUGAAUUUACAGAAAACUGUUAGACUUAUUCUAUUCUUAUUGUUAUUGUUGUCCUGACAAAUACCUGCAGAAGUUUGAUUCAUGGUAUGUU